GUUGGUCCCUGUCACAGCGUGCCUAUUGCAGCAAGAUAGGAGGAAACUGUUCGGUCCUUAAUGCAACCGCUCUCACACUUGCCUAGCCGAAGCGCGACAUGUGUGGCAACAGCAGCAUACAUAUACAUUGUGACUGACCCCAUUGCAUUGCACUCCAUCCAGCACAAACCCAUUCUACACUACAGACUUCCGCUCGCUUCAUUCCAGAUUCAUCACGACAUAGUACGCAUCCUACACCACAAUCAAGGACUAUACUGAAAGACCGAAUCAACCAUGCGCGGCCCCGUCUUCGCUCUCUGUGGCUUUCUAGCCUUUGCGUUCGCUGCCCCUCAGCCACAGGGCAACAACGCCAACGCUGCACACAGUGGCAACAACAUGAACGGCAACAACGGCGGCUCCUCUGGAAACAAUGACGCCCUAGCUGCCAAGCCGCAGCAGUGCGCUGGUCCAAAUGGUCAACCAUGCAUGGACAACGCCGCAGCCCAACGAGUCGCCGAGAAUUUCCGCACCCUGAUCACCAACUACUCCAAUGAAUCCGCCGCAGCUUUCCUCUCGCCAGACUUCGUCGACUACUCCGAUGGCGUCAACUUUCUGAUCAAUAAAGGCUGCCCACAGGGACCAGAAAUCCUCGGCCAACCAACUUUCACAUCCCUUGAAGACUUCCAGGCUGGUCAAGGCUCUCAGGCGAACAUUCCUUUCACGAUUCUCAACGUCUGGCACAACUGCGACUCCGUCACCAUGCGGUGGAUGACACCAGAGCCGGCAACAAAUGUGCAGCCACCUCAGCCUGUCACUGGUAUUGUCGUCAUGGAAGUCUGUCAAAAUGGCGGCCAGGAGCCAUGGAUCAUCAGCACUGUCUACUCGGAGUUCAACUCUGGCGCCUGGCUUUACAGCUUGGGAGAAUUCCAGCCACAGUGCUCAAAUUAGAUAUCGUUCGCUGGUCACUAGAGACGGAAAGUGGCAGUUACACCUUGCUAAAGACGCGACGACUUUGAAUGUCGACAAAACAGGAGCAUGAUGCGAUGGGAUGCAGCGAGCUUUUGGGAACAGAGGUUGCGGUUUCACACGAGAAAUGGUUGAUAGGAUUGAUAAUAGCUAGGGAAGA